CAUCUUCCAGAUCCACCUGAAGGCCGAAGCAGCAUGAAGAAGGUCGGCCACACGAUGAUGCCACUAGUCUUCCACGUCGGCGCCGCGUCCACGUGGAUGUUGCUGACAACCUUGCUGACGGCUAAAACGCUUGCAGUCGGCCUGGCGCUACUGGUGUUCAAGAUUGCUGCCGGUUCCGCCAAGUUGGCGUCCUUCUUCACCCAACUUAAGCACAGCAACGAAGACCAUCACGGAUAUUCACCGGCAUGGACUCCGCAUUACGAACACCAUGAUUAUCACAUAGAGCACCAUCCCGAUCAUCAUGGUCACUAAGCCAUCUCCAAGAUCUAUUCUCUUCAGGAAUUCAUUAAAAUUAUCAACUUGUCUUUUAAGUAUACCAAAUUAGUCAUUGUUUUAGUUAAUUCAUUUAUUUUACAUGAAUAUGUAUACUUGGCGCGGCAAAUCAUGAUCCCUAUGACCGUUAAUUUUUGUAUGGAGUAGCUAUCAAUCUCAAAAGUUUUUAGAUUUUUUUUUGGUAUCACUGAGAGGAAAAACCAUUUAAAUCAAUUGAAAUUUUAUUAACAUUAACGUUUCUAACAGUUCCAUGUGAUGUGAAGCCUAUCGAACAAAACAGUAAAUUUUACUGUUCCGAAAAGACAGUAAGUUUUACUGUUUUGAGUAGCUAAAAUAUAACGUCGUGACUGUUCAUUUAUUUUUAUCGUUUUUUUCAAUACUUAGUAAUGUACAAACAGUUAAAGUUACUGUUUUGUAUUUUACUGUUUUUCAAACAUUUGUUGAUAUUGAAUAAAGCAGUUAAUUCAAAUGAAGAAUCUCUUUAAUGUGUGCUCGAGAGAUUAUUUUUUUUCAAGUUAUACUUUAACACAUUUUUUUUAAUUUACAAAUGUAACAAUUAAGUGGAAAAAAUACGGUAACCUAUUUCUUUAAUUGUUUUUUUAAUUAUUUUAUUAGCCUGUCUCAAAGCAACUUUGCAGUAGGGCUAAGAUGGUCGGCUCUUUAUCAUUUGUCACCAUGCCUGUCACGUUCUAACAAGUAUGUAAGCGCGAAAGUGACAGGCAUAGUGACAAGUGAUAAAAAUGGAACCAUGCUGCCACCGCAGAACUCUCAUACGGAUCAUCAUUUGCCGCGUCAAGUAUAGUAUCUUUCAAACGAAGUCCGUUUUCUCAAUUUAAUAAAAAAACCGGCCAAGAGCAUGUCGGGCCACGCUCAGUGUAGGGUUCCGUAGUUACUCUUCUGUCACAAUAAGCUAAACUGGAGCUUAAAGUAUAGUAAAUUGUUAACCAAGGGAUGAAACGGUACCUUUCACCUGAGUUAAACAAAUAGGCAAAUUUGCAUAAUCAGUACCUAAUUAAAAUAAGUCUUUUUACUAUGAAGGGAAUUUUUUUUGCGAUAACUCAAAAACAGCUAAACUGAUCAUGUCCGCUAUAGUUUUCAUUUAAUGUCUUUCUUAAGCUCUACUUCCACGAUUUUUUUCAUAUUUUUUGGACCUAUGGUUCAAAAGUUAGAGGGGGGGACACAUUUUAUUUUUCUUUCGGAGCGAUUAUCUCCGAAUAUAUUCACUUUAUCAAAAAAUGUUUCUUGAAAACCCCUAUUAGUUUUGAAAGACCUUUCCAA